AUGACCCAUCACCUCCCAGGACAGCCCAUUCCAAUGCUUUCAAUGAGAAAAUUCUUCCUCAAGUCCUACCUGAACCUUACUGUGUGCAGCCUGAGGUUAUGUUCCCUUGUCUUCUCCCUAGCUGCCUCCCAUCUGGCUACAAUCUCUUUCCAGGUAGUUGUGGAGAGUGAUAAGACUGCUCUGAGCCUCAUCAUCCAACUAAACAACCACAGCUCCUUCAACCACUCCUCCUAUGACUUCAUCUCUCCAGAUGCCUCACCAGCUUCACUGCCCAUCUCUAGGCAUGCUCCAGACCCUCAGUGUCUGCCUGGAAUUGAGGGGCCCAGAACUGGACACAGGUUUCAAUGUGUGGCCUCACCAGUGCCAGGUACAGGGGGACAGUCGGUGCCCUGCUCCUGUGGCCACACUGUUUCUGACACAGGCCAGGAUGCCACUGUCAUUUUGCCCACCUGGGCACAGCUGGCUCAUGUUCAGCUGCUGCUGACCAGCUCCCCCAGCUCCUUUUCCACUCUGCCCCAGCCUGCAGCACUGCAAUGGGUUGCUGUGAUCCAGGGACAAGGCUUGGCACUUUGCCACACUGAGCACUCCACUGAGCUGGGCCCACGGAUCCAGCCUGCCCAGGUCCCUCUGCAGAGCCUUCCUGCCCUCCAGCAGAUCAACAAUCUCACCCAACGCAGGACUGUCUGCAAACUGACUGAGGAUGCCCUCGAUCCCCUUGUCCACAUCACUGGUAAAGACAUGAAAACAGAACUGGCCCCAAGAGAACCACUCCUGACCAGCUGCCAGCUGGAUAAACAGCAUUCACUGCCACCCUCUGGGCAUGGCCAUCCAGCUCUAACCCAGCUAAGAGUGUACCUGCUGCCACUUUCUCCGGGAGAAUGCCAUGGGUGACAGUUUCUGAGGCUCUACUGAACCCAUCAAAAGACAAACUUAGGAGAACCUCUCAUUAG